AUGCCUUUCCAUUGGAUCAGUCAAUGGACUGGGGGAUUCUUUGAGGACACAUCAUUGACCAAGAUCGGAUUGGAAGUCCACCUUAGCCAUGCAGAUGAUGAAGGAGACCAUUUGACUGAAGGCCCAUGGAUACCCCUCAUUAACGAUCCUCAGAUGACCACUAUGGUAGAUACUUCUGGGCUCCUCUCCUUGAUGAUCAGAUUCUGUAAGUGCACUGAUGCAAUGAGCCCUGACAUGCAACUAUUAGAAACUGGCCUCUUCCCUGCGUCUUUCACCUCGCCAAAGACGGCAUUCAUAUUUGCGGUGUUGGACGACUUCCUGCUGGAUAACCUGGAAUGUGGGACAUUGACAAUGAACUACUACACAUGUUCCCUCAUCUGGUUCCAAGAAUUAAUGAGGGUCAGCAGGCAGUGGAGACAAGUGAAGCAGCUCAAGUGGCAUGGGUUUGGUCAUGAGAAGCCAAAGCCAAAGCCAGGGGAGCUUGCACUCUUCUGUCCUGCAUGUCCUCAGCCCGGUGUAAACCUCAAUUUGUCGGAGAGAAAUGAGUCUGACCCUGUGUGGCUGUAUUCCAGAUCUUUGGUUAUGGAUGGCAAUUUCAAGGCUGAGUAUUUAUAUCCCACCAAUCUGUCCGAUGAGGUGGCAUUGACUGAUGGCUUGGGCUUCAUGGCAAAUGCCUCCUACCACAAACUGAAGGCAACAGAGAUAGGCGGGUGUGCUUACGCGAGACAUGGGUGUUUUGUUCCUCAUUCAAUGGUGUACUUUCAGAAGGGGGAAAGGAAGUGGAUUGAGGAGUCGCCUUAUCUUGACCUUCCAUGGGGAAUGGACAUUAUUCCUGGUAUUGGGCUCUGGCAUGUCCGCGGCCAUCAAGACAAAUGCUAUGUGCGGUAUGCAUCCAACUUCAUAAGCAGUGCCACCAGGAUUGAUGGUGAAAUCAUGGAGACACUGUGGGUGCCCUUGAACAUCAUAUCACCGUCGAUGAUACGCAUCAGCAAAUUCCUUUGCAGAAAAUUCAAGGAGGCUGUGCAGGGAGUCCAGGACAGCCGACAUGCAUUUGACCGGUUGAGCGAGACCGCCGAGGAUGACACCCUUGUUAAAUGGGAAGCAGAGGCCAUUGCCGCUCAGGAUGACCGACUCCAUAAUUCCAGCUCCAUGGACAUAUAUGAACAAGAGUUGCCCCUGUUGAAUCACCAGGCACAAUGGCCUGCUGGCAAGAUCCAUCAUGGUGCUGCAACUUGGCUGGCCUGUGGAACUACACUGGAGGAGUCGCAAGUAGCCCUCCUCAUUGAUGUAAAGAAGUUGGGAAAGCGGCCAACAGACACACAGAAGUUGGCCGUAGCCCGGCAUCAUGACAGAUUACAAGGACAACUUGAUGAAUUUGUCAGGGUCGUAGUAACAUUUCUCGGCGAUGAAUUACACCGCUGUGACCAUUUGGACAGCAUGACGGUGAUGUUGGAUACAGCAGAAUUGAACUCCAUUGGGUCAUCAUGCGAGGAUCCUGAUAGGCCAGAUGAUGAAGACCGAUAUGAUAUACCAGUAGAGUUCAAUCCUGAGACCAUGGUGAUUCCAUUGCCAUCCAAUAUCGGCAUAGAAAGGUGUGCCCAGUGGGGUGUUGCGGACCUGGUCCUGCAAGAAAUAUCAUUAAAAGAAGGCCAAGCAAAUGAUGCAUUGCAUGCCAUCAGGGUUAACUUAGCAGACAAGGCCAUUCUCUUUCACACAACGCAACUCAUUCACCUUGGCGCCGAUGACUUAUUGACCAAGUACCAGCCGUUGGAGAAGGCCGACCUAAAGGCUACUACUGUGGUGGCAGACCCAAAUAUACACGGUCAAAGGAAUAACAUGUUAGCAUGGUUUUGGUCCAUUGAUGUGGAGGGGGAUUCUGCAAACAAUGAUUGGAUGAAUGAAUUUUACCGAGUGCAUUGGCUUAGAAUGCUGGCCCUGCAUGAUUGUUGGGCAGAGGAGCUGCUGUUGAUCGGUUAG